AAACAGAAGCACCUGGUUAUCUGUGCUAAUCAGUAAGAGCCUGGCACUCAAGGCCAUCCUAGCCUGUGAAGGUUGAAACACCGUUGGGAGAGGGGCCUGGAAGGCGUGCAAAAGUGGAGAAACAUCUAGAAAAGGAUUACAUCAGAAAACUCCUGAUUGGUUAAUUAAUCUUGGACCGUUGGGUUUCUUUUCCUUAAGUAUAGGGCUUGAGACCCAUAGCCUUUGUUCCCUCAGGAAGGUUCUGAAAGGUUCCUUCGGACUGGUGCCUAUGGGAGGUUACCUAAGCAGGGUUCCAUUGCUUUGUAACUGAUGCUAUUCUCUCUGAGGAGAGACGAGACUUCAACCAACUACCUCCUAUGCAAAAAAAAGGAAAUAAUAAUAUCUGCAGGCAGGAAAGGGAACUGAACUGGCUCAGGCAACGAGACCUUCCUGCCGCUCACUCCACUUGCGUUCAGACACGUUAACAAAGGAUCCUGUUUUUGUUAUGUGCCUCCAAGUCGAUUACGACGUACGGCGACCCUGUGAAUCAGCGACCUCCAAGAGCAUCUGUCAUGAACCACAGAGGAUCCUGGCGGACCAAAAACAUCACACCGGAAGCCAAAGAAGAUUCCGCUCUUCUGCAGUAAAAGAGUGUAUCCAUGAGGUGUUAAAAGAGGAGCUGGCCAGUGUACAGUACAACCCUGAAGAGAUCCCAUCUCUCACCAAAUCUUUAUCAGAGACAAUCCGGAACAAACUGAAAGAGAAGGGUUAUCACCGAUAUAAAAUAGUGGUUCAAGUGGUGAUUGGAGAGCAGAGAGGCGAGGGAGUUAACAUGGCUGCACGAUGCUUCUGGGAUGCAGACACAGACAACUAUGCUCAGGAUGUCUUCAUGAAUGACACCCUCUUCUGUGCGGUGGUUGCCUUUGGAUGUUUCUUCUACUGAUGCGGAUGAAGAGUUCAAAGAAGAAAGGCUGCUCUUUCAGAGACACUGGGGAAGGAGGGCUCCAUGCUGCAUUAAAAAACAAAAACUAUAGAUGCUUACUUUUACCAAAUACGUUUUCUGCUUGAUGCUUAUAUCACAGAGUGCUGCUGCUUUUGUAUAUAAAUAAAGCUUUCUGCAUAAGCCCCAUUGAAAUGAAUGCGGUACAUCUCUUACACAACUCCUGUUCAUUUCAGCAAGCUUUGUACAAGAGGACUUCCUGCCGAAUUCAACCCUGUAUUUACUUAUAACUGUUCUUUGUGCUUACCACAAAAUGAGAUCCAUCUGGUUGCAGCCAUUCCAGACAACUGAAUUUCUGAUUGUAGAAAAAUGCGUUGCGAAGACUAAAUUCUUAUGCUGAAUACCAGUCUGUUUAAAUGAAUAUAUUCAAAUCUCAAUUAGAGUGGUAGUGUAAAUACACUCUGUAAUUUUAACAUGUACUUCCCUAUUAAUUUUGUUCCUCAACUAAUCCUGAAAAUUCAUAUGUUGUUACUGCAGACACCCAUUAAGAAAAGGUAUUUCAAACACUUCUGAGUGAGAGAAAGGGGGGGGUGUACCUUGCUAGCUUUGGUUUUUUCUCCAUAAAUCUGCUGCCUAAUUGGACUGCUUUUUAUAAUUGAUGAGAGGUUUUUUGAAUUAAAAAUGAAUU